AUGCCAGAGUUGGCGUUAAACCUCUGUCAGCUGGUAGAGUGCGUGGAUGCUGAAACAAACCCCAUGCUAUCUCUGGAACAUCCAAGUGUGUCCUGCUCUGACAGCAGUGGCCUGCACCCCCUUCCAGAGCAGGGCUGGAUGGAGGAGCAUAUUGGCUCAGCCCUACUAGGUCAGUUGUCCACCAUUCAGGCAGACAUGGGCGAGUUAGAGAACCUCACCAGACCUCUGCCACUGGCAAAUGGAGACGACAGCUCAUCCAAUAGGUCGUCAGGGUCGUCCACUGCCGCAUCUCCAUCCACCUGCCUGUAUUCUCCAGAUGUGGCCUCAGAGGGAAGGGCCCACUACAGCUGGAGUCGCUCUGGGUCUUCACAGGGAUCAAGAUGGACUGCCAGCACUCCCAGCAUUCCCAGGUCUGGGCAUGGCGGCAGAAGAAGCAGCCAGACCACCACUCCCACCACUGGCCACAGAGAGGCAGGAGUCACAACCAGUAACAUCUUUGAUGUUAUUAAUCAUCUGACGCACUCCGACACUGACCGGAAACUCAACCAGGAGUUCAGCAGUGAGGAUGAUGUUUCACUGAAUGAUAUCAUGGACAUGAAGUUCACCCCGGCAGUGGAACCCCUGGGGCAGAUCCUGUCCUCAUGGAGGCUGGUCAACAGAAUCUUCAGGAGGAAGGUCCACUACUUUGGGAAGGAGCUCAUCUGCAAGGUGUAUCAGAUGCUUCUGGACACCGGUAUGGGCAGGAAGCCAAUGGCCCGCCAGAGCAGGUCCGAGCCCAUCCUGAAAGACCUGGCUGCCAACCAUAGGCUCUCCAAUGAAUUCUUCACAGAUGUGCUGUAUAUGUUCAUCCAACGGGCCAUUAAGAAUCUGCUGGAGAACUUCUUGGGUCUGCCGACCACCCCACCGGGUAGAGACAUUAUGUGGAAUGACAACUUCAACUGGAUGUAUAGGGAUGGCUGUGGGGACACCUGCACAUCCAGCGAAGAGGAGUUGUGGGACAGUGACUCCACCUGGUCACGUGGGCUUGGGGAGGAGGAGGGGGCAGAGCCUCUUGGGAGGUGGGCCGCUCAGUUGGAGAGGGGCAGCUCCCUGACCCUCCAGUCCUCCGGCUCCCUCUCCGAUGACAACAAGGAGGCACUAGGGGCCAUCUGCCAGGUCCUGACCACCAUGGUGGGAGACAUCCUGAACAGGACCUGCAACGACGAUUACAAGGCCAGGCUCAUCAUCCAGAAAGGAUUGGAUUCCGGUGCCAGGGACAGGUUCCCUGACACUCCGUGUCCUUCUUCAUCAGAGGAAGAAGAGGAGUUGGUCACGAGUGUCAUGACUGUCUCAUACCCUAAACCAUCCACCUCAACCCAGGCAGCAUGGACUCUGGACGUUUUUCUGCCCAGACCCUGCCAGGAUGAAGAGAAGGUGGUCCCUAACCUCACGAAGGUCAAACCCUUCCUUGAUGAAGAAGAGGUAGUCCCCAGCACCUCCAUCAAGGACGACUCUGUGACGACCACCCAUGCAGCACGGGCAGCUCCUUCCCAGACCCUGGAAGAAGAGGUGGGGGGAGCUGAGGUCUCUGAGGUGAGUGACCGCUCCCUGAUGCCCACCAAGGCCAGGCAGGACCUCCUGGAGAAGAUUCCCUCCCUACUACCGGGCGAGAGCCUUAUUGAGGAGGACAUCCUCCUUCGCAGCACUCCCUGUGCCACCGUCAUGAGCCCACAUACCCUGAAGUUUAUCCUCCAAGGCAUCAUGUGCCGACUGGAGGCCUCAGAGUCCCCCCAGGCAAGGAGGGCCAAUGACCCCUUCAGGCUGAUGAAGAAUCUCUUUCUGGAGGUCCAGCAUGCCCUGACGUAUGCUGACAUCUCUGUCCUCUUCGGCCUGGAGGAGAGCAUCCAAUUCAGGGGGAAGGAUGCGGUGAAGGCCAUCGUGAAGACUGCGGCUAAAAGGUUGUGUCUGCGUUCGGACUCCAACCGGGCUCAACUGCGUGCCGCACGCUCUGGUGGCGAGGGAGCCAUCGGGUGCAUGGCGGACACCAUCGCACAAGUCAUAGAUGACUAUUCCGAGGACUGGAGUUCCGACGGCCAUUUUGGAGCCAGGAGGAGCCGUGCAAGUGGGAGGUCACGCUCCUUAACCUCCUCAAGGAGUGACGUCACCCUCACCAAGGAGCUCCUGGCCCGGAGGGAAACCCUGGAAGAUGACCUAGAGGAGAUGGCUGAUGACAGCACUGGUUUGGAGAAGACCAGUGUAAGCUCAGCCAUCUCUGAGAGGUCCCAGGUAAUUAGCUACCCUUCUGAGAGCACCGAGGCCAGUAGCAGCGCCCUCUCCACAGACCUCGAGGACAGCACCUCCACACAGGUGAGACAGCCAAGAACCAGUAGAUUGUUUAGUUAAUUGGGCAGUUUGAUUGUGAGGCAUCGACUCAUAUCUGUUUCUCUCUCUACUAAGAAGAAAGAGGCUAUGAAGGAAGAAGUGAGGAAGUCAGGAGAGGAAGCGAGGAAAUAACAAGGACCAGAAGAAGAACAAGGUGGCUCCUCUUGGCAAUGAUAGUAAGUCCUCAUUUCUGUCAGUCAACAUGUGCAUCUGUCUUCAGCACACUAUUGGAAUGUAAGGACGGGAGACUAUGAUGAAGUUAUCAGGGUCUUAUUCAUUAGCCACUAACUGGAAGACAGACUAAAACAGGGAGGAACUUCCUUGAACUUGCCAAUAACAAAUGCCUGUGUGCCCUAAUGAAGACGACCCUGAUUUCAUGCCCUGUUCUCUGUCACCUGUUCAGGUACCGUGGCUGCAGAUGAGCCGAAGAAAAAAAACAGGCUCUCCUCCCGCGGAUCACAGCCGCCCUGGCAAAACUAUUUUGCUUCCCCUGCAAAAAAAGAUGCAAAAAGUAACUGUGCAGAAGACGAGUUUGGGAAACCCGUUUAAGUCAAUCAAAAAAAUGUUUUACAGACCCACCUGCAUGCUAUAGAUUCUUAAGGUCAAUUUGCUGUCUACUGUAUCAUUGUUAUGAGUAUGUUCACUGUGCCAGUCAUAUCCCAGUAUAGGAUUUUUCUUUUGUUUGCCUGUUAGUGGGCAAAUUUAGUGGGCGCUCAUGGUGGGUGUCUUUUAGCAGUGGUG